AUGUUCGACAGUUCAGUUGAUUCUGAUCUAAUAACGAUAGACUCAAUAAACCUUUUGAAGUUAUUUGACAACUUUGCACCAAACAGUCAAUCUGAUAUCCUGUCCGCGCAGUUACUUUGGAUGAAUUUCUUUACAUCGCGAUGGUUGUCAUACAAUCCAAUGCAUCUGCUUGAUCUAAAGUUUCGUAUUUCCGUUACUGCUAGUAAAGUGCUUUACUAUAAUGGUUACAGUGAUGCAUCAGAAGUACGUUUCUCGGCAUAUAUUUUAAAUAUAUGUCACGUGGCUCUGGCAAGAAAAUCGUUGGUUGAUUUUGCUGAGAUGCAUCAACUACGGGACCGUGCGAAAAGUUUGAUGUCGACCACCUCCAGUAAUUUAUUUCACGUGGUUGCUAUCGAACUUUCUUCCAUGGUGUUUAAACGAUCUGUCUUUGAAUCACGUAAACGUCCACAAGGUUAUCUCCGACCAAAAGUCAGAGUUGAAUUCGCUACACUAUUACAGCAUUCAUGGCCUCGAACAAUUACUGAACGUUAUCUAAAUCAAUUAAUUCCAAAUUCAUCUGCUCAAAUAUUAGCUAUUUUAGAAGCAUUAAGCUUAAAGCCUGGAGAAAGAAGAAGUUUAAUCACACCAAAACCAACAGUAGAUUCAUCUGAUUGGGAAAUGUCUGACGUUUAUACUGAACUUUUUAUUGCGUCAAUGGAGUUAAUUUAUCCAAAUUCUUCUAAAAAAUUGAUUCCUAAUUUUCUAUCUGGAAUACACGUCAUUCGUAAAAUACCAGUAGAUAAAGAGAAAACUUCUACAGGUUUAAUAAAUCAUACAAUAGCAUUGAAUGAAACAAAAUUUUUGAAAUGGACACAACUAGAUUUAAUUCAUUAUCAGUACAAUUACCAUGAUUCCGCCGAAGAAUAUGAUGAAAACGGAGAAUUGUCAUCAGAAUCAAAAGCAAUACCUUCAUCAACUAUAAAUACAAACGUUAGUUGUACAAUAGAUAGUUUGAUGAAAUUAAUACAAAUCUAUUUUGCAUGUGCUCAGUACGAUAUUUUCGAUUUGGUAUCACGAGAUACUUUGCAUGUUUUCGAAGAAAAACUAUUAGAUCUAAUUAAAGAACAAGCACCUAAAGAAUUUAUACAGUAUAUUCAAGCACAAAUUGAUACAUUGGAAUUACUUCGUGUGUUACACUCUGCACAAUUGUCAAUAAAAGUAUUGAAUAAAAACGAGAUAAUAGAGGAUGUAUUACAACAACCUAUUGUACAAGAAACUCCAGCGGCUAAUGUAAGUAAAAGUUCUAUGAAACAACAGGAUACAUCAAAUUCGGCAAUCGAUUUCUUGGAUAGUGAUAAAGAAGUAAAUUCAACUAGAUUAUUACAUAAUCAAACAUUAAUUUUAAACUUUCUACCAAAAGGUAUAUUAAAAUUAAUACAAAAAUUAGAUAAUAUCGUUAAGAAAAUAGAUGAACUUCAGAUCUCUAUGUAUGAUAAUGCAAUUUUGAUAGAUAUUAUUAUAGUAUUGUGGGAUUAUUGUCAUAUAUUAUGUCAUAAAUGGUUCAUUCAGAAUAAAUUGAAAAUAGAAUAUUUCAACACAAUUCAAAUGAAACUAAUUGGAAUUCUUUACUUAUUUAGUCUUAUGAAGACCUUACUUGAAUCGUUAAACAUUGAUGUAGCAGAUGGUUUAAUGUCAUGUAAUCUCAUAUUUUAUGUUAUAUGGAUUACGGAAAUGUUUGAGCAAAAAUUAUUUCAUCAUAAUUCAAGGAAAGAAUCAAGUCAAAAUUUUCCAUUAGAUUCAAUGAAUAUUAAAUUAUUAUUAAAAGCAUUAACGUUACAAAUGAAACCAGAUGAUGUUUGUGGUGCUACAGAAUGCAAUGAAAACGAUAAGUUAGCCAUAUGUUUAAUUGAUCUUUGGACUGGUAUAUGGAAUAAAGUAAUGGACAUAAUUUACUGGUCACGCAAUAUGAUUAGUAAAAGAAUGAUAUUCCUUCAGAUAAAUCAUCCUAAGAAUUUGGAAAUUAAUAGUCUUUCAGAGCUACAAGUUGAACUGUUGUGGUUCGAGCACACAAUCCGAUGGAAACUCCGAAAUUUAGAAUGGUUAACGUGGUGUGAUUUGAAUGAAAUGUCCAAAGAAAAAGUGCACAAGAAAAUUGAACAAAUGGAUGAAAAUUCACUUAAACAAUGUGGUCGAAAUAAAAUGUCUAAAGUAUUUUACUAUUGUCUUAAAGCAGAAACUGAAGUAAAUAAUGAAACAGCUAAAAAAUAUUACAAGAUUGCCGAAAAACUACUAUUCAAUAAAUGGUCAAAUGAAUUCCAUUCUAUUGGUAGUAAAGAAGUAAUCGAUUGUCAACAAUCAACUGGUUUGAGUAAGCCACAUGAAAAUACACUGGCUACUGGAAGGUUUCGGUCUGAUAGACCGCCACCACCUAUAGUGAUUGCUAAAUGUGAAAAUUCAAUGGUAUUUCAAACACAAAAGUGGAAUCCAUUAUCUGGAGAACAGGUUCAUUUUUAUGCACUAUACGGAAAACAGACAUUUGUAUCCAAUCAGAAAGUUCACAUCACUGAUAAUAAGUUAACCAACACCGGGAUUUUGGUCAUUUGCAAUAACAGUUCCAGUGUUUUAAAAGUGACCGAUCUAACACCAAAUGAAGAAUAUGCCUUUGCUGUAGCGGCUUACAAUAAAGAAGGUCACCCGAUAGGAUCACAUAAACAUGGUUUAGGUCACAGUACAAAACCGGUUUUAGCUUAUUCUUCGCUAUGCAUUUAUACGGGAUUAUGUCAUCUUCUACAGUCGACGUUUCGACGUAAUCUAUCCCAAUGUCUAAUGGCUCAAUCAGUUAACAUAAUCUGGGAAUAUUUAACGGAGAAGUAUGAUACAAAAGAUGAUGAUAAUUCAACUCAUUUAACUGGUUUAAAGUUAAAAGACCUAAAUAGUUUUCAAUGUUCAAGCAUAUUAUUGAAGCACCUAACGACAUGUAUUUUAUGGCUCUGCUCAGUUAUUCAGAAGUCUGAAAAUCUACGUUCAUGUAAAUUUGAUAAUUCCACUUAUUUGUUGGACAAACAAAUUCAGAAAAUCCAUUUGUCUGAAAAGUUGAUAAUUGGUUUGGAGUUAAGCGCUGUGUUGAAUGAUGUGCAACUGUUGCUAGACUUUGCUAAUCUGAUCUAUGAAACAUUGAGUUUUAACAUAGAAAUGAGUUCUGUAACACAUGAUUAUGCUAAGAUUCUAUUAAAAUCAUUAACAAUAAUUCUUGGCGUUAGAAAAUGUACUACAAAAUUAAUAUUAUUAGAUGAAACAUUGAAUAGAAAACUUACUCAAAUAAUGAUCAAGUUUACAUUUGAAUUAAUCAAAGUUUUCGAAGUGUUAAAUGAACUUAAAGGUAUUGUUACAAUAUUGAAAAUUGUAAAAGUCACAUUAAACCAAUUAAUGAAAGAUAUCAAACCAAGCAUUAACGUGUUAACAAAAAAACGGAUUUCUCAGGAUAAACUAAGUUCUAGUUAUUUAACUGGACGAAGAAAAUCAAGGCAGAAUACCGAUCAAAUGGGUGAAUUAAACUCAGUCAUUAAAACAAUAGAUGCUUAUAGCUAUCUGGUUACAGCUAAAUUAAAUCCUCCAAGAGGAGAAUUAUUUGGUUACGAAGAUGAAUAUCAAGCGAUUGCAUGUAUGGCAACUAAAUCAAUAAAAGCUGCAAUAAAAGAUGGUGAGUUUAAGGAAUCUGUUGAUCAUGUUAAAAAACCAGGAGCUAACAAAAUUAUGUGUUAUAUAUACUCAGUAGUGAUAAAAACAAGAUUAUUGUCAAAAUCUCUGUAUUUCUACUUGCCUAUUAUCAAAGAUAUACAUAUACUUAAUCAGCUUGACUAAGCUUUCAGAUUCCUAACCAGAUUUUUAAUAUAGCAAAAUGAUCUACAUGCUUGGUUGAUAUCAAAUAAACAUAAAAAUUAGAUCCAAUUUGUUAUUAAUCAUAUCACAAACUAUUCUCAACAGUCAAAGAUUCCUAUCUCUUGUGUACAAUAGUGUAACACAAAUAACCGAGUCUCAUGUAGUCAAGGGGUAUAACCAAAAAGUAACAAUAAUAAUAAAGACAUACCUGUUAUGUAUUAGACAAAGGAAAUCCGUGGUGUUUAAGCAAAGACAGGGAUUUAAAGUGUGAUUAAUUGAAAUUUUCUAGCUGAAAUAGUUAAGUGGAACAAAGAAAAAGCAACUAUGAUGCUUUAGGACCUAUAUUUAGUGAAGCCUUAGGCUAAGUUACUUUAGACAGAUGUUACAUUCGAUCGCCGUUUUUGAUGUAUUUUUCUCAAAAUUUUGUUGCUACAUUCAACAAAUGUACAAUUUUAUAAACUAGUGCGUCAUGUACUGGAAGAAUGUAGACUUGUUAAUUUUAAGGAACAGAACAUACUCAAUAGAAAGUUUAAUUUUAGGGGGAACUGUCAUAUUACGAACAUCAACCAAAUAUUUGUCAUGUAAAAAUCUAGCAACACCAAUGGAUUUUAAUUACAAAUAAGUUUUUGGAAUAAAUCAAUAGUUUCUUACAAAUAAAUAUAAUGCUCCUUGCUAAGUCACCAGUAUGAGUAUCAUAAUGUACUUAUUUGUGUUAUAUAUUAUCUCUUAUAAGGAUAGAUAAACGAUAAAUCAAGAAUAAAAACUCUGCUCUACAGGGUGCGAAAAUUUUGCAAAAAUAGAAAUCCCAGCAGCACAUUUUGAGAUACAUAUUAAGCAGAGGUGUUGAAGUUAAACACAUAUGUACAUAAAAUUGUCAAUAUUUUUGGAAAACAUUGAUGGACAGGUUCUGUAUACUUGUUUUGAUGUUAGUCCUAGAGUGUUUUAUGAUAGCUAGAACCUUAUGGCAUCUUCAGUUGAACAUCGAAACAAUUCGAUUUUCGAUAUAUCGUCAGUCAAUAAAUAGAUAUGAGUAUACAACAUUAAGUGACGAGAAAAUUUUACAACCACUUAUCACCUCUGCAGGUUUCCUUAUUUCUUAGUUGUUUAGCAGUCAGUCACCAAAAUUAAUUGUUGGUAUAGGAUAUAUCGAAGAAAAAAUGUAGGUGUAAUUACAUCGAUUGUGAGCUCAGUGACAAUAAUAUAAUACGAUAAUAGUCUAUUUCAAUUUCUUUAAUGCUCUCCAGAUGCCAUUAGCGACCAGCGCAGUAUUAACGGAUAGUGUUAACUGUUUGGCAUCAAGUAUCCACGAAACAAUCGGUUAGUAGUUAAUCCACUUGACUUUUAAAAAAGCCUGCUACAACAUUUAUUCACCGAUAAAUUUUAGGCAAAGAUUUCCGUUCAUUUAUUAUAAUUAAAUAUGGAAAUUAUUCAAAUCAAAAACUGGACUAAUAUAAAGAACCACUAUAUAGUAGAUAGUGAAUAGCUGUUUUAUCUUCAUGUAAGUUAAAACUCAUGACUAUUUCUUAUGAAAAAGCCUGAGAAUUUCAGUUAUCAUACAGCUACUUACCUGACAUUCAAUGAAUAUUACGUUCCAGUUACAAUGGAAUUUUAAAGUAACCAUACUAAAUUGGUUCAUUGAUGAUUGAAAUACCUGAAAAAGUUAACUUUUGCCAAGUUAAUCACUAAUAUUUAAUAGUCUUCUUUACGUUAGGAGUUUCAUAAACAAGAAUAACCGAAAUAUAUAAUAAAACAAGAAAUUUAAAAAUAAAUAAACAUUGAUAGUAACGGUUUCACUUGAAUUCAGGAUUCACCCGAAUAAGAUGAAAUUCAAAUCUUCUAAGUUCGUUAACAAACUUCACAGAACAUCACUCGAACUGAUAAGAAUCAAUAGUUCUCAUAAAUGAUGACUGUAUUUUUUUCAAAGAUGAUCAAACUGAAUAUUUUCUUUGUUAACUUUCAUAGUAAUAAAAUUCAAUCGUCGAACAAUAUUUUUACAAUUGGUCAAUGUAAUUUUAGAAAGAUUUCAUGUUAGUCAAAUUAAUUUGAUUCAACCAUGUUUAAAUGAAAUACGUACAUGGUUGAAUCAUCGUGAUCAAUUACUUGUUAAAUCAUGUCAAUCCUAUGAAACAACAGAUAUAAUGAAAUUAAAUGAUAAUAUGAAUGCAACCAGUCUAGAUAAGACAAAAUCAGCGGGCUAUUCGCAAGAAAUGAAUCACCUGUUCAGUUUGCUAACUGAUUAUUACUCGCACAAAAUGAGACGUAUGAAACUGAGAAAUGUAUGCCAAGAUGAAUGGACACAACGUUCACAGUUCAAUCUACUGCAGGCACAAACUGAACAAAAUGAAUUAUUGGAGAAAUGGCAACCGAUUAUUGUUCAGACAGAAGUAUUGGUGAAGAUGGAACAAUUGGAGUGGUUCACAUACUAUAAAGACAAUAUUAUUAUCGAUUAUGAUCAAUCACUAACUGAAAGUUUGCUAGACAAACAGAGUAAAAUGAAUCUCAGAAAAUCGAUAAACCAUAUAGACAAUAAAAAAUUGGACAGAUUGGUUUUCAGCAUACCACAAGGAAGCACUAGAGCAGCUUACAAAGCAUUCCAAGCUAUAUUCAAUUAUUUGGGUUCAUUUGUUCAGGAACAUCUAUAUGAUACCAAUAGUUAUGAAAAAAACGAUAAAAAUCAGUGUCCAGUUAUGGAAAAUGAACACGAAAUAAAUGAAGAUUUUAUUGACACUCAAUCUGUUCUAAAGUUACCAGACAACAUUGAAAAAAUCUUUGAUUUUAUAAAAAGAUCAACAAAUCUUGGAUAUCGAGCUAAAUGUUGGCCAAAAGUGUAUAAUGCUGCAAAAUUCUGUUGGAAUGCAACAUCAUUAUUAAGUUCACUGUUGUGUAAACUAUCAGUAUGGUGCAAUAAAGCAAAAAUACGCAGAGAAACAGAUGUAAAGUUAGAAGCAAACAUCAGAAUAACUAACAAAAAUUCACGUAAAGGAAUAAAUACAGACGGAGAGAAAAACUCAAUCCAAACACAAGCACGUAAUAGCUCAGUUUCGGAAAUUAUGAAUUACUUAAAGCAAUGUACAAAUCGUAGAGCAUUAGCCAACAUUGCAUGGUCUUGUUGGUUUAUGUCUACUGAUAAUAUCUUGGAUUUAUUUGAAUCUUCACUGAAUCAUGAUGAAAUCACAGAAACAAAGUCCAGAUAUGAUAAUGAUUGGUUAAAUGAACAAUCGGGAAAGAUUUGGCGAUCAGAAAUAAUGAAUAAUCAAUUUGAUAUAGACUGGAAUUGGUUACAUUGUUUUAUAUUGAAAGCAUUAGAGAUAAUAUGUCGUGCAUCUAAAUGGGAAUAUCUGACUUAUUUAGGGUUAAAAGCAGUAGGUACAUUGGGGAAACAUUGGGCACCAGGUAUUUUACCUUUUAUUAUAUUUGGACAAAAUCAAAUAAUGGGACGAUUAAAGAAACAGAAAACUACGAAUACUACUAUUAAUGAUAUGAAUAAUAUAGAACAAUUGAAUGCAGAUUUCAGUAAACUUGUUAAUCGUUCACAAAUACAAUUAUAUUCAGCUUUGUAUCACUACAAUUUUAUACAG